AUGCAGUUCACAGAUUAUCUGAAGUAUCCUGACAUAGCAUGUCGCUGGUCCUGGGCCCGUCGCUUGGAGUGGCCACGCCGUGGACACGAGAAGAUUCCGUUUGAGAAAUUGCAAACAGUUUGUUACUAUCUCGGAAGCUUUUUUAUGGGCUAUCAGAAUAUUGGAGGUGUCGUGUACUGGUGCCUCUACGCCCUAAAGGCCAAGGAUGCCACCACUUUCAUAAUAGAAACAGCACAGGUUUUCGGAUCCCUAAUGCUGACCUGUGUGGGCUUUUCGAAAAUAUGGUGUUUCACCCGGCGGCGAAACCAGAUGGAAGAUGUAAUGGCGGAACUGCAUGAAUUGUAUCCCACAACCAGGAAAGAGCAUUACCGCCUUCAGCACCACUACGAUUGGGCCGAUCUAAUAAUGAAGUAUGCGAACUUGUUCUACUUUGCGUUCUACAUAUUCUAUAAUGGCUCCCCGUUGGUGCUGCUUCUGUGGGAGUACAUUACGGACGAUCAGAAUCUGAGUUACAAAACGCAGGCCAACGCCUGGUAUCCCUGGAAGGUUCGUGGAUCUGCCUGGGGAUAUGCCUUGGCUAUAUGGGUGUCGACUAUGGCUGGCAAUCUGGGAAUAUUCUUGACCCUCGCAAUUCUAAACAUUCUCUGUGUCUGUACUGUCCAGCUGGUGAUGCACUUUGAUGGACUGGCCACUCAACUACUCAAUCUCGAUGCACGACAUCCACAAGCCCAUCAGGAGCUCAAACAUCUGAUUCGCUACCACCGCCAGCUAAUCGAUAUUUCGGAUAAAACUAACGAGAUUUUCGACUCUAUAUUCCUGACGAGUUUGAUUUGCUCUACCCUUGCCAUUUGCAUGACUAGUGUGGCUGUCCUGCUUCUGGACCUGGCCCCGGCAUUAAAAAACAUCAAUGGUCUCUUGGCGUUCCUCGUCUACCACUUUAUGCUGAGCUACUUGGGCACCCAGAUCAACUUGGCGAGUGAAAAAAUUCUGCCAGCAGCCUUCUACAACAAUUGGUACGAGGGUGAUCUCCCUUAUCGGAAGAUGUUGCUCAUCUUGAUGCUGCGAGCCUCAAAGCCUUAUAAGUGGAAGACCAUUAAACUGUCAGAAGUUUCGAUUUUAAACUACGUGGAUACAUUGAAGACUUCAUAUCAAAUGUAUGCCUGCGUGCGGUCAAUGAACUUACAAGUUUAG